GAUAAAAGGAUAAGAGUUUUUUAUACUUUUUACAUGAGAGAUGUGUCCUGUAGUAUCUUCCACUCAUUCAUGUUCAGUAACCAAAACUUUUAUCGAAAUAAAAAAUAGCAGAGAGAAGAUAAUUCGUAGACAGAGAGAUUAUUGGAGCAGAAUGGCAUGCUGUCAUGGUUAACAUUUCCAAUGAGUUGUUAACUUCCAUGGCAAAUUUCAUUUCGUUUUGAUUUUGUGAUUUGCAAAAAUAAUAAUAAAAAAAAACUCGGAGAGAUAAAGUGUGCGGCCAGGACGUCACUAGUUGUCUCAAAGUUGUGCCCUAGCCUCUCAAUUUCGUAAUUCAGUACUUAUUCACUGGGUCAGUUCAUGGACACAAGCAUGUUGAUGUCAUACUCUGCCUCCGAAGCUCAUCGAGCUUGUGGAACAACGGUGGAAUAUAUAAUAUUAAGACAUCUUAAUUUGUUGUGAUGAGAUGUUGAUGUUUGAUAGCUUUUGUCACAUUACCUUUCUGAUAUAGAUGUCUUUCAUUAUGCUUUUACAAUCUCACUUUCUCUGUUGUCGCUGCGGCUGUGAUAUGGUCCCACAAAAGAAAAAAAACUAUGGCUUCUCUGUCCCCUUCCACAAAUUUGUUCCAGCAAUCGUUUAAUUGGAAGCUGCAAACAAAGUCGAAAGUGACACCGAGUUGUGCAUCCAGACCCGAAACCAAAUCCAAUUUCGCUUCCUCUUCCGCAAACAAUAAUGUUGCUAUAGGUAGGAGCGAGAGAGGAGAGAUGACGAGAAGGGAAAUAGAGUGGGAAAAGCUGAAGAAGAAAGAAGAGAAAGAGAGAAAAGAAGAGGUUAACAGGAAAAUUGCGUCACAGAAGGCGAUAUCUGUGAUUCUGCGAAGAGAGGCUACUAAAGCUGUAAUUGAGAAGAAAAGAGGUCCUACUAAUUCAAAGAAGUUGCUUCCGCAAACUGUCCUUGAAGCUCUUCAUGAAAGAAUCACUGCAUUGCGCUGGGCUUCUGCUCUCGAGGUUUUUGAACUACUUCGAGAGCAGCUAUGGUACAGGCCUUAUGCUGGUAUGUAUGUCAAACUCAUCGUCAUGCUCGGAAAGUGUAAACAACCAGACAAGGCCCACCAACUAUUUCAAGCUAUGAUUGAUGAAGGCUGUGCUGUGACUCAUGAAUCCUACACGGCUCUUUUGUCUGCCUAUGGAAGAAGUGGUCUCUUUGACAAAGCAUUUUCUAUUAUGGAGGAAAUGAAAAACACUCCUGAUUGCCGACCUGAUGUCCACACUUAUUCAAUCCUCAUAAAAUCAUGCCUCCAAGUUUUUGCCUUUGACAAAGUGCAGGUGCUGCUUUCUGACAUGGAAUCUUUGGGAAUCAGACCCAACACAGUCACGUACAAUACUCUCAUCGAUGCCUAUGGCAAAGCAAAAAUGUUUGCAGAGAUGGAAGCAACACUAAUGGAGAUGUUGAGUCAGCAGGAUUGUGAGCCUGAUGUUUGGACCAUGAACUCAACAAUCAGAGCCUUCGGUGGCAGCGGACAAAUGGAAAUGAUGGAGAAUUGUUAUGAGAAGUUUCAGAGUGCUGGGAUUGAACCCAAUAUUAAGACAUUCAACAUUCUCUUGGAUUCCUAUGGAAAAGCUGGAAACUACCAGAAAAUGAGUGCAGUCAUGGAAUACAUGCAAAGAUACCACUACUCGUGGACCAUUGUUACCUACAAUGUGGUGAUAGAUGCAUUUGGACGAGCAGGGGAUUUAAAACAGAUGGAGUAUUUGUUUAGGCUAAUGCGGUCAGAGAGGAUCAAGCCAAGUUGUGUUACACUUUGCUCUCUAGUGCGAGCUUAUCGGGAAGCUGGGAAACCUGAGAAAAUCGGGAGUGUUCUUCGUUUCAUUGAGAAUUCAGAUGUAACUUUGGAUACUGUGUUUUUUAAUUGUUUAGUGGAUGCAUAUGGUAGGCUGGAAUGCUUCGCGGAGAUGAAAGAAGUGCUUGAGUUGAUGGAGGAGAAAGGUUGUAAGCCUGAUAAAGUUACAUAUAGAACAAUGAUUAAAGCUUAUUCCAUUAAGGGGAUGACUAGCCACGCAAAGAAGCUUCGAAACCUUCUUGGAUCAGUUGAGGUGACUCGGUCUCCGAAGAAGAAACCUGAUUUUUGAUGGGAAUUGCACUCUUUGUAUCCUAUAUUCAUGUUCGUAAUCUGUUCGCAUGUGAUACCAUUUUUGUGUGUGCAUCUGCAGAUUCUGCUCAACAAAAAAAUAAACAAAAAAAGUUCCAUUAUUAAGCAUUUUGUCUGUAAUGUACACUGAUUUUAAAGAAAGAAAGAGAGGGGUAAGAUUCUGAAGUUAA